CAGCGCUCGACAGCACACACGAGUACUCCACGACUGAAAGGAACUGUGUUGGCACAUAUCGGCGUGGAAAAUGAAGGCUAUAUUAGCCCUUUUAGCUUUUGUCACUUCAACUUUGGCAAGCGAUGUUUUAGAGUUUACUGAUUCGGACUUUUCAUCCAGAAUUGCUGAACACGAAUUAAUUUUAGUUGAAUUUUUUGCACCAUGGUGUGGUCAUUGUAAGAAACUGGCACCAGAAUAUGAGAGAGCUGCCACUUCACUGAAAGACAAUGAUCCACCUGUGCCCCUAGCAAAGGUUGAUUGUACUGCAAGUGAGGAAACAUGUAAAAAGUUUGGAGUUAGUGGAUAUCCAACACUAAAGAUCUUUAGGGCUGGAGAAUUUUCUGAGGAAUAUGGAGGACCAAGAGAAGCAGAUGGCAUCAUUAAGUACAUGCAGACUAGAGCUGGGCCAACAUCUAAAGAACUCAAUAAUGUUGCUGAUGCUGAGAAGUUUCUUUCUAAGGCAGACUAUGGAGUAAUAGGAUUCUUUGAGGAUGGGGAGAGUGAGCUUUCAAAAACAUUCCAAAAGGUUGCUGAUGCCAUGAGCACAGAUCUCAAGUUUGCACACACCUCAAGCAAAGCAGUUCUGGAUAAAUAUGGAUUUAAGAACGACAUUGUCUUAUAUCAACCCAAGAGACUACGUAACAAGUUUGAACCAUCUGAAUUGAAAUAUACUGAUGAUGCAACAGUGUACAAAAUCAAAGAAUGGCUCAACAACAACAUUCUCGGACUCUGCGGCCACAGAACACAGAGCAAUGCUGAAAAAUUUAAGAAACCUUUGGUUGUUGCUUUUUAUGAUGUGGAUUAUGUCAAGAACGAAAAAGGAACAAACUACUGGAGAAACAGGGUGAUGAAGGUAGCCAAGAAGAUCCAAGAUGAAGGAAAGAAAAUUUUCUUUGCUGUCAGCAACAGCAAGGAUUUUAGUUAUGAGCUUGGAGAGUUUGGACUGGGGGAUGUCAGUGGGGACAAACCUGUGGUGGCAGCCAGAGAUGAGAGAGACCGCAAAUACGUCAUGUCCGACGAAUUCUCAAUGGACAAUCUUGAAAAGUUUGUUCGUGACUUUUUGGAUGACAAAGUCGAACCCUACUUAAAAUCGGAACCAGUACCAGAUAACACUGAUGCUCCUGUUAAGGUUGUAGUUGCAAAAAACUUUGAUGAAAUUGUGAAUGAUUCUGAGAGGGACGUUCUCAUCGAGUUUUAUGCCCCAUGGUGUGGACAUUGUAAGCAGUUAGAACCAAAAUACACAGAACUUGGAGAAAAGCUUGCUGAAGAAUCUGGUAUAACUAUUGCUAAAAUGGACGCCACAGCCAAUGAUGUUGCUAAACCUUAUGAAGUUUCAGGGUUCCCUACAAUCUAUUUUGCUCCUAAAGGAUCUAAAAAUAGUCCGAAAAGAUAUUCUGGUGGUAGAGAAGUUGAUGACUUCUUGAAAUAUUUGGCUAAAGAAGCCACUAAUGAAUUGUCAGGCUUUGAUCGUGAUGGCAAAAAGAAGAAGAAGAAGAAGACCGAAUUAUAAGUGAGGGGAGUAAGUUGUAUGAUUGAGUGUGAAGCUACAUAACGAGUAUAAGUGUGGAGAGAAUGCUUGUGUCUGUUGAUUCGUUAUAGUAGUUCCAUUAUCAUGUAUCACAGACAACCAUAUAGACAGUCGGGGUUUUGUUAGACACAGGUUAACUUUCCUUUUUUGUCCAUGGGUAACAUUUUUUAUUUUGACAGUUUUGUAAAUGUGGGUCACAAAGCUUUAUAAGGAAUCAAAGUUUGAAUUAUACACACGUUUUUGGUGUUUGUGUGAGAGCAAUUGUUGAAUUGUAGAGUAUUUAUUUUACAGCAAAGGACCAAUUCUAAUGGCCCCUAAUGAGUGAUUGAUGCAUUUAACUUGCAAAUGUUUGUACUACACAAUUUCUAAUGUUUUCCAGCCAAAAAGUGCUUGAAACAUGCCUGUAAUAGUUUUGGUUUUGUGUCUAACCAAAAAUUUUUUUGUUUUCCAAUUCUUUUGUAGGGUUUUUGUUUCUUAAUGUGGGAGACAAUGAUGGGAAAUAAAUUAAAUUUUUUUUU